CUGGACCGGAAGUGUCACUGUCAUCCUGUGUUUUGCGUUUUGGACAGUGUAAUUUCAUUCUUUUGACGAAUGAAAUAUCUCUUUCCAAGGUUGAUAUAAUGACGAUUUACCGGUGAUAUUUACACAUAGAAAACCUGAUCCAGAUUUUAAAAAUGAAGCUCGAAAAAUUCGAGGUCCGCUUUGAAAAUGACCGUGGUGUGUUUGUUUCUGGGGAGCAUGUCAAGGGAGAAGUCAUCAUUAAACUGACACAGCCAAUGAAGAUGAGAAGUAUCGUCAUCUACUUCGAGGGACGAGCCAAGGCCCACUGGGAGGUGAAACAUGGUCGGACAAAGACAGACUACCGGGGGAAUGAGGGCUAUAUCCAGCAUCAGAUCAAACUGUAUGGGACAGGUCAGGCGUCAGUGGAACACCCGGCAGGCUUCCACAAGUACCCCUUCUUCCUAGCCCUACAACCCACGCUGCCGUCUUCCUUCGAGGGACGCCGCGGUUAUGUGCGCUACUUCUGUAGAGCAACCAUAGACCGACCCUGGAAGUUUGAUGAACACACCAAGAGGGCCUUCACAGUCAUUCAUCAUCUCGAUCUCAACUUCAUCAGUAAUGCAGCUAUGCCGAUUGAAGGGGAGCAGGAACAGACCAUCGAGUCCUGCUGCUGCUCGUCGGGGACCGUCACAGGGAGGCUUUUGCUCAACAAGACGGGCUACGUGCCUGGCGAGCCCAUUGUGUUUACCAUCGAUGUGUACAAUAAGUCUGAUUCCAAUGUGGAGCGGAUAGAACUGGAACUUAGACAGAUUGUGACGUACACCGGAUUCUCUGACAGUAUCUUUUCCUCGGGUAACCCGAAGCAGCACACAAAGCUGGACCAAUUUGAUCUCCUCUCCCACCCCUGCCGCAUCAAACAGAACAUGGAGGAGCACAUCAACAGGGGGGGCAUCAUUCCCGCACUACCCCCUUCAGGCCUGGAAGGAUGUGGGAUCAUUGAUAUUCAGUACAUUGUUGCUCUGAAGGUUCAUCUGGGAUGGAACACGCUGACGAUAGAGCGAGGAAUCAUCAUUGGUACCAUACCUCUACAUCAACCACAAGGAGUACCUGGUUACACUCCUGCCCUCGGCCCCUCAGUGCCUUCUGCCCCACCCACAAUGGAGCAGCCACCGCCCUACUGUGAACCCCCUCCAUCGUAUGAAGAAAGUGUGUUUGGUCGGACUGAGAUUCGAGACGAGAAUGACGAUGCUCACACAAGCGGGCUGUCUGCAUGGGCGCCGUCGUACCCAUACUACACCUGGAACCCGACCGCACAAGUCCCGAGCAUGCCCUCCGCAUUCUCACCUCCCCCUGGGGAGCCAGGUGCUCCAAUCACCACACAACCCACUGCCCCACCCCCAGCAUACAACCAGAUAUAACAGGGGUGGGGAAGUGAGACUGAGGGGUGGGGAUCUGACUUUUGAUGGUUGGGUAUACAUUCAUAUAUAGAGGACAGGAAAUGGGACUAAAGGUAGUGAUUUGUGAAUACCAGUAAAGGGUUCGACUUAUACCUUAAUAUAGAAGGGUGGGGUGGGGAAUAAGACUGAAGGGUGGAACUGAGGGAUGGGGAUAGAUCUGUUAUUUGGGGGUAUGGUGUACACCCAGAUACAUAAAAGGGACAGCGAAAUAGGACUGGGGGUAGAGAUUCUGAAGAUGGGGUCAACCAUACUAAUGAAGAUUCAGUUAAACAUUUGACUUUAAUGUGAACUGCUUUGGGAUGGGUGGGAUCAGUGUAGUGGUUGAACUAGGAUGGGGUGGGAGAUGGAAAUAGUCUGGUGGAUGAACUAGGAUGGGGUGUGAGAUGGAAAUAGUGUGAUGGAUGAAUGAGGAUGGGAUGGUUGAUGGAAAUAGUCAGAUGGAUGAACUGGGAUAGGAACUAUUUGGGAAAUUGGUGUGUGAGAGAUUCCGGUUGGACAUAACUUUCAGCAGCAUAUUUGAACCUCAAAUACUUUGAAUUCCAAUCAAAUCUCUUGAUUUGACUCUUAAUUUGUACUGAAUCAUACUAUUUUGUAUACUAACAAAUGCAUGUUUAUAAUUGCAAUUAAUUGCACCAGAUAGAAAUAGCCUUGAUUAGAUGAACAACAAGCAAUACAGCUUGUAUGUGACAGCAGAUUACAGUUGUAUAACAGUUGUAUGUGACAGUAGGCAGUUGUAUAACAGUUGUAUGUGACAAUAGGCAGUUGUAUAACAGUUGUAUGUGACAGUAGGCAGUUGUAUAACAGUUGUAUGUGACAACAAUAUGCAGUUGUAUAACAGUUGUAUGUGACAACAGUAUUUCGUUGUAUGACAGUUAUAGAUAACAGUAUCGUUGUUUAUUCUUAUCUUUAUUUUUAUUUUAAUCUAUACCAAGUUUGCUUUUUAAAAUGAUACUGUAAAAGUUGAUAUUUUCCUUGUAUAUUCAAGGAGUUGACCCACCAAUUGCAUUUAGUCAAGUUGUUUCAUGUGAAAGUUUUAACCUGUGAUCAUCAAGUUUUAAAAGUUCAUCUUCAUGAAAAACCCUUUCGAUUUGAUCUGAAUCUGAAGAACUUCAGAUUGAUUCCAAUACCUGUAGGUCAAGUGGCGAAGUGACAAUGAUGGACCUGUUCCUGAAGCCUAGUGAUCAAUAUUGCACAGAAAUCACGUUGAGAUCAAUGACACUGGACACUGAAGCCAGAAGUAUGACCUGUGAAUGACUUGCACUUGGUUAGUCAGUGAAGGAGUGGAGCACUGACAGGAUGCUGUGUCAAUGCUGCCUGUUCAUCAGAUUCAUGGGAGUAAGCGUCCAUAUUUGGGCAUGAGUUGUGAUACUACACAGUGCUUUUUCUCACAGGGUGGUGACAGUUGUGACUUACUGUGUAGCUGUAGUGUAGUUAUGUUGUCUGAUGAAGAAGAUGCCAAGGAUGGACCUGUGUGUGUGUGUCAGCAGGCAAGACUGAAUGGAAUCGGCUGUGAUGGCGACCCAGCAGGGUCAGAGUGAUCAAAAGACAAAUGCUUGAAUGUCUCGCUUUUAGGAAGUUUACGUUUGUCGAGGGACAAGUUUCGAGGAAAACCCUUGUCUGUUUUUUUGUGAAAAUUGUAUGAACUUGUCGUUUGUAAGAACUGAAUCAUAUAUUGGAAUGAUCAACCAGUUUGAGAUUUGUGGAAGUAUGUCUCAGCUUGCAUGAGUUCAUGGCACCUUGUGUUGACAGGUGUUAAGUAUUCACACUUGAAGAUGUUGUUCGGUUGGAGUCUCACAGGUACAGGGUCUUCUGUGAUCAUGGUGUCACAUAUGUACAGGGUCUUUCUGUGAUCACGGUGUCACAUGUGUACAGGGUCUUUCUGUGAUCAUGGUGUCAUAUGGGCAGUGUUUCAGACAAGGCUCCCAACAGUGUUUAAAGCGAGACAAGAUACAAAGAAAGAAAAAAGACAGAAGAAACAAACAUGGAACACUUCAAGCAAAGAGAAAUUUAUGUAGAUUUAUCAAACUACCAAAUUAAGACUAUUUGAGACAAAUAAGAAACUAUUUAAGAAAAAAGCUAGCACUUGUUCAAUGAUGGACAUAAAUCGACUGAAAUUAGGAAGACACGCAGCAUUGUGGAAAACUGACAUUGGAUGAGCUUUAAGAAAAUCUUCUGUAAUAGAGCUGUUUUUGUUAACUGUUUAUCAAGAUCAAGCUGUUACACUCAUUGUUUCAUGUUCUGUAGUAGGGCUGGGACGUGUACUUCAGGUACUGAGUAGGACCCGGGUACCCACAGGACUCCCCGGACCCGUGGUUAGUCACGUGAUAUAUUGUUUAAUGACCAAACUUAUCUAGAGCUCCAUGGUUACACUACAAGUCACUAAUGUUCGCAUUUCUUUCUGAUUAUGCACACUUUCUGUCUGACUUUCAUAUGUUUGAAUAAAGAUAGAACUACAGUCAACUUCAGGGAAUACAUGACCAUACAUAAUUGUCAACUCGUCCCGUUAUGGUUCACAUAUAUUUCCCCAAAUAUUAUAUGUAUUUCAGAUGCAAUUUAAAGCACAUCUGGACAUGCGAAAUUAUACAGCAUGAUUGAACACAUUUAACUGUGCCUUGGGUAU